AUGUCGUUACCGAAUAAGCACGAAGCCGAGGCCAAGCAAGAAUCCAAGGCCGUGGUUACACUCAUCGACAGCGAUCACGAUUUCCUAGCCACUCUUACCGACAUCGACAGCGCCCUGCAUUCCCGCUUGGCUUCGCAUUCCUACACGGCCUUGGAUUCCUGCUUGGCCUUGGCUUCGUGCUUAUUCGGUAUCGACAUCGACCUGGGCAGUCCGCUCAACGAAGCUUCAAUCAACUCAAUUGUAAUUCGUGGUAAGCGUUUGUGA